AAGCCCAUCCGAGUGGAGAAACAUGAAGCUCAAGAGUCUCCUGCUCCGCUAUUACCCGCCAGGAAUUAUGCUGGAGUAUGAAAAAGGUGGAAAAUUGAAGACCAAAUCCAUAGACUUGCUUGAACUCAGUCCUAGCACAGAUGUGGGUGCUUUGGUGGAAGAGAUUCAGAGAGCGGAGCCCCUGAUCACAGCGACCCGCGCAGAGCAGGUGAAACUGCUCGUCCGGAGGCUGCAGGAGAAACUGGCCCCUCAGGGCAGCCACCGCUUCUACCUGUUCAAGGUCCUCAGAGCGCACAUAUUGCCACUGACCAAUGUGGCGCUUAACAAGUCAGGCUCAUGCUUUAUCACAGGAAGCUACGACCGCACGUGCAAGGUCUGGGACAUGGCAUCUGGAGAGGAGCUGCACACGCUGGAGGGCCACAAGAACGUGGUGUACGCCAUAGCCUUCAACAAUCCCUACGGUGACAAAGUUGCCACUGGGUCCUUUGACAAGACUUGCAAACUGUGGAGUGCAGAAACAGGAAAGUGUUUCCACACCUUCAGGGGCCACACAGCAGAAAUAGUAUGUUUGUCGUUUAACCCUCAAAGUACCGUGGUGGCUACUGGAAGUAUGGACACAGUGGCCAAGCUGUGGGACAUCCAGAGCGGAGAGGAAGUGUUCACUCUAAUAGGACACCUGGCAGAAAUCAUUUCGUUAUCAUUUGACAACUCAGGAAGCAGAAUCAUCACAGGGUCCUUUGAUCACACAGUGGUAGUGUGGGACGCUGGUACUGGAAGGAGGGUGCACACCUUAAUCGGUCACUGCGCCGAGAUCAGCAGCACCAUGUUCAGCUGGGAUUGCUCUUUGAUACUCACGGGCUCCAUGGACAAGACCUGCAUGCUGUGGGAUGCUACAAGUGGACAGUGUGUCGCGACAUUGACGGGCCAUGAGGAUGAAAUACUCGACAGCUGCUUUGACUACACUGGGAAGCUUAUCGCAUCUGCCUCAGCUGAUGGGACAGCACGGGUGUACUGCACAGCCACCAGAAAAUGCAUAACCAAACUGGAAGGCCAUGAUGGGGAAAUCUCAAAGAUUUCUUUCAACCCUCAAGGGACUCGUCUUCUGACGGGCAGCACGGACAGGACAGCAAGGGUCUGGGACGCUCGGACUGGCCAGUGCCUCCAGGUUCUGGAGGGCCACACUGAUGAGAUCUUUUCCUGCUUCUUCAACUAUAAAGGCGACAUAGUCAUCACAGGGAGCAAGGACAACACCUGCCGGAUAUGGCGCUGACUGAGGCCGCCUGCUGGCGACAAGACCUGCCAGGAACAGCGACCAAGAACCCGAGCCUGCAGAGAACCUGUUCCAGUCAGCCAUUGAGCAUUCUGUCCUUCAGUACACACACACACACACACACACACACACACACACACACACACACACACACGCCAUGAACCCUGAAGAAAUGACAUAAUUUUUGAUACAUAUUUUUUUUGAUGAGUCUGAUGGGAGAUAGCAGAAUGGUUGGAAAAUUCUGGUAACUGUUUACAAUGUGUUUUAUGUUUGAAUAGUAUCACAAUAACAAUAAAAGCAGAGUGCCUUAACUAUGUACCAUCUAGAUCCUACCCUGAAGGCUGUUGUUAUAAUUUCUGCUUAAUAAAACUGUUGGUCAAAA